AAAUUUUAAAGGAGUCUUGGGAAUUUAUAAUAAACUUAAAAACAUUAGUAGCUACAAUAUGGUUCAUGUUCCUGUAUUACUCGUUUAGUAUAUUUGAAAUGCAAAGAAGUAUUAGUUUAGAGAAAAUAAAUGAUACAGAGGUGGUGUCAAAUGCCAGAAAUACUGCUCUUAGACAUAAUUCACCAGACGUUGUAAUACCCCAACGAAGAAGGUUCAAGCCGCCAGGGAGCAUUUUUGAACAAUAUUGUAUAACUAUUAAGCCAAAACUAUUCAGAAGUAGCUCCUUGUCAGAACUGACCACGAAUUCAAGUGAUUUCACACUUGAUUAUUUCAAGAGUAGGGUUGAAGCUGGAAAGAAACGCACGGAAUCAUAUUUUAAUAGCUGUGGCGAUACUAACGUAAACAUUUGCAGUCACCAUACCGACACAUUAAUGUCGUGGAACUUUAAAGGAAAAAGGCCGAAGAAAAAACUAGAAAUGUCACCCGAGUCUUACGCGACCAAGUUUGCCGUGGAUUACAUAAACAGUUUCCAGGAAGAAGAUGUCGAUCCUAAUGCUUCGUCAUGUGCGGAUAACUCCAGUGUUGAUAGCAUAGACCAUGUGGCGAUGCAGAAGGGAGCUGCAUUUCCAUUUAAGUCUACUCCAAGCGGCAACUUGAAAGUUCAAUCCAAUCAAGUUGUAUUCCAAUCGUCCACGGUAGGCGUGCUCUUAGCAGACCCUACGCAAGCUAAAGUAAAAGUAAAAAUCGAAGGGAAAGCUGGAGGAGAACCUGAUGAUGAAAUCUCACAAAACUUUGAACAAGAAGAGGAUUCAGAACCACAACUCCAAUUCGGACCUAGAGAGACACUCAAUGCAAAUAUACAAACAAAGCCCACAGUUCCGAAUGAUCGAAAUGGAAAAAUGAAGUUACCACCAGAUGUUAGAGAAGACAAAGGGAAGGACCUCGGCAGCCUCGGAUACACCAUUGGAGAGCCUAUAGACUGGAUGCGAGUACAGCUACCGAAGAAACAGGAUCUGUUUCAAGAGUUUUUUCGCAGAAUCAACAAUUACAUAAACACAGAUACGGUGAUACAUAUAGGCGACGAGGAGUUCCACUGCCAUUACAUCGUGUUGCAAGUGUACUCAUCAUUUUUCGAUAUGAACCCGCAUAGAGAAAUUGAACUGCCUGUUGCAAGUGUAACACCAGAAGCUUUUCAAACAAUUUACGAAUGGAUGAUAUUUAACGGUGUUGAAAGUAAUAAAAUGCUAAAGAGAGACAACAUACUAGAUCUGUUUUAUGCUGCACAGUAUCUUGCUAUCAAAGACCUAGAAGACCAAUGUUGGUCUUUCAUCGUGAAUGAAAGUCUCUUUUCUGAAGACACAGCGUUUGCACUAUUCAGAGAAGCUAGGAAAAAGGGUAUGAAGCCAGUCAUGGACUUAAUGGUACCACGUGUGAUGAGAUUCUUCUUACCUCUAGUUGCAUCAAGAGAUUUUAUAGAUUUGGACCCUGAAGAGCUCAUGAUAUUUCUGAAGUCAAAUUAUAUUUCUGUGACAAGCGAGAUUGAGGUCCUGAUGGCUGGCGUCCGGUGGUUGUACGGUGACUGGUCAGCUCGCAGGCAGUACGCGGUGGACGUGAUGCGCUGCGUCCGAUUUGGGCUCAUCUCCCCGUGGCAGCUCGUCGACAUAAAGAGGAACCCUGACAAUGCUGAAAUACUGGAAAUUGUUAACGAGCCUGAAGUUCAGCAGAUGGUUGACGACGGACUUGCAUAUGUAAUAAUAAAAUAUUGGUAUGGCAACAAUUCUAAGAACUACUAUCACUGGAUCGAUGUGCUCGGAUUGACGGAACCAGCUGAGAGAAACUGGAUCGGCGAGGAAAAGAACCAUGUGACCUACAAGGACUUCCUGCAGUAUUUAGAACAGUUUAUGGUACCCAAAGACCAGAUGUACCAACAGAUGGCCAUGAUGCAACCACCGAGGAGAAACGACGACAAUAUACCGGGCACCAUGCGAUGCAUGGACAACGACAAAAUGGAAAUGCGAAGACCCAAAAUGGAUUUUCCACUACCAGCCACGCUUAAAGGACUUACUGGUGAUAAAGACAAAUCAUUUCCGACCAUGAGCGAGUUUUUUGAAAACCGUAGAAAGCAAAAUCAAGAAGGUCAACAGUCGGUAUCACAGUCCAAUAGAUCACCACCUUCAAUGGAGAUGGAAAUGGCAAUACAGAUGCCCGUUUUGGCUGAAACCAGAAUGAGAGUUCCUGAACUAGCUUGCAAACACCAAAAACAAUUUGAGGAACAAAGGAAACAGAAGGAGCUGCAGAAGCAGCAGGAAUUGGCUCAACAGCAACGACGCAAACAAGCCCAACAGAUACACGUGUGCUCUGUCGAACCAGACGCUGUUUCAAAUAAACAGGAACAAAUUUACGAACCUCCAGAGAAGGACUCAGCAGAAGACAUGAACACCACUAACAGUGAAACUAGCAGUGGAACUGCCGAGACCAGCAUCGCUGAUAAAUAUGGAAUGCGAAGAACCGAGAAGAGACAUAGCGUUGCAGCUUCAUAUCUUGCCGCUGCAACUGCAGCUUUGGCAGGGUCGCGAAGCCCAACUUCUGGCAGUCGACCAUCACCGCCAGUGAAUGCGUCGCGAUCUGAGGCAACGCCGCGGCCCAACGCGCCCACGUCACAGAACAACAUCGGUAGUCCACAGAUAUCUCUCUUCAACCAGUCAAAGGAGUCCCUGGCAAAGAAUAACAUGAACAAAUUAUCCACAUCCAUAUUGGGACCUUCGAACAAGAACUACAUCGCUGAGGGUUCCUUGUUCAAUUGGGACAGAGAGACAGUUCUUGUUUUCGGUGGAAUCGAUCACCUCACUACGUAUGGAUUCGGUGGCAACAUCGGAAAGUAUAUCUACAGGUUCGAUCCAGUGACCAAUGUUUGGGACUACGUAGGUGAUCUGCCAGAGCCAAGACAUCAUCACUCGGUAGCCUUUUUACGAGGCCGGGUCUAUCUUGUGGGCGGUGCUGAUCCUCGUGAUGAUGACAUACGGGGCAAGUCUGCUGUGGUGUCAACCGUGUGGAGCUUCGAACCAGUAUCUCGUUCGUGGUUCAGCGAAAGUGGACUAAUGACGCCGAGGAAGAACUUUGGUCUUGUGGUGCACCGCAUGGCCAUGUACGCUAUUGGAGGACUGGAUAAGAAGGGGAGGGUGCUACGCUCAGUAGAAAAGUUUGAUCCUAAGACGGGAUCCUGGAGUGAAGUGCGUUCCAUGAGCGUGUGUCGAAUGGCCCUGGCUUGUGCGAAGUACCGCGAAUAUAUCUGGGUGGCUGGUGGCAUGACGGGAGAGAAAAAGAAACCUGUCUGCAAGAUAGUCGAGUGCUAUAACUCGACUACUAACGAAUGGACAGAAAUACACAGUCUGCGAUUUCCCAGAUGUUUCUCAACGAUGUUUGCAAUGAACGAUAAAUUGUACAUAGUUGGCGGUGCUGGAAAAGUUUCGGAUAAGGAACAGACGGUGACCAGUGUCGGUGCGAUCGAUGUAUGGGAUUGGAAACUGCGAAAAUGGAGACAGGAGACGGAAAUGUCGAUGCCCAGACAUGGACACGCAUUAGCCUAUUUAGGAACACAGCUUAUCAUUAUUGGUGGUGUGACAACGAUUUACAUGCGAGCUUUGAACAAUGUGGAGUCGUUUUGCUGCGAGCGCGGCGCGUGGAUACGAGGCGUGGCCACGCUCCCCUCGCCUCUCUCCGGACACGGCGCCGUCACGCUACCGCCUGCUUCGCUUAUGUGACCUUCAUAUUUCAGCAGACAUGCUAGUCCGCCGUGCCAGCCCGCCAUGCGCCGGCCGCCAGCCUGCUUGCUUGCCAGCUCGAAGAGGUCAAAAUUGAUUCACUCUGUGACGAGAGAUUGUGUCUGCCGUGGACUCUAUGGGUACUUUAAGUGCACUGUAGCGUUAUAAACAUUUUGGGAGAAAUUUUAAAUUUUCUGUUUAUUAAGACAUGUUCACUAAUAGUACUUACAGUAAUGAAAUCGUAAGUGUCUUGUGAUUGUUUUUGAGAUAAAUUAUAAUAAACGUUAAAUUAUUAUUUAUACGUUUGUGCAAUCGUUUUGUGAUAUAAUAUAAUGUUCGACUCGUUACAAUUAUUUGUUUUUAUUACAAAUUUAACAGUUGCAUUAUGUUAAAAUGAAAUCUGUUUUGUAGUAGAAUGGUUUAUUAAAAUAAUUUUAAAAUGUCUAUUCUUAAUCUACCUUACGUGUUAUUAAAUAAGAUCAAAGUACAUGGCACUUAACGCUAAUAUCACACGGUUUAAUACAAGAAUACAGGUAACAUAAUUCACGAAACAUUUCUUCGUUGAACCACAUGUUUGUAACAUAUGCCAAGCAGGCAAAUUGGCUUGCGAAGAGCAUUUAUUAACACUAUCGAUCGACACUUCCGAAGAAACAGCCAACACAUUUUCCGUUCUUUAUUUGAAUUAUUUUAUUAGACGACCUGAUUAAGGUCGCAGGAAGCCGCUGGAUGCAGGUCGCUUCCAACCGGCCUAUCUGGAAGUCAAUGGGGGAGGCCUAUGUUCAGCAGUGGACGUCCUGUGGCUGAUAUGAUGAUGAUGAUGACGAUUUGAAUUAUUCCCAGACCUCCCUGCAGACGCCUAGUAGAUCUCUCUCGAAGCCCUCCUCACAAGGCGGGUACCUCGCGAAAAACAGCUCGUUGUUGAUCGGCACGAACCGAUUUGGCUUGAUGUUACGUAUCACCUCCUGAAAGAGAAAAUAACUUGGUCAUUUAUCAAUUGUAGAAUUUACCACCUGCGGAUAAG